AUGGUGACAGUGGACGAUGUGCUUGCUAGAGCCCGGGCUAGGGCAGUCCGGGCCCCGAGUGCUCCCGCGACCCCAACAUCGAAGCCGAGCAUCUCGAAAUCCCCAUCUACACAGUCAUGGCCUAUGCCUCGGCUUGCCCUCUAUGACUCCUGUAUGUUGCUUGUCACUACGAACUGUGUAGUUGAAGUCGCUCGCAGGUCCUACGACAGUCAGGUUGAGGAUGCCCAAAACCCGUGGCCGAAGGUCGAGGUUUCGACUGGGUCUACCGGAAAGAAGGCUUACCAGCAAAGCAAAGCUAAGCCUUUGAGAACGGAUACCCAGGAGACCAUGGUGGUGGAAACUCCGCAGCACCGGGUUCGUGCGAAAUCGUGCGACGGCCAGCUUUCGAGUGCAGACAAAACGACUGGUCCGAAGAGGUCUUUGAGUGCUGCUUUGAAGGAGGCAAGCCAGCAGCCCACAACGACAGCCAAGCCGGCAAGCACCACCAGCUCGCCAUCCUCCGAUAGCAAGAGAAAGAAGCUAAUCGAUAUGGGCAAACCAAAGCCAGCAGCCGAGAAGAAGCCACCAACCCCGGAUGAGAAGAAGCAAGCAGCAGAAGAAGCCAAGCAAGCCGCCUACGAAAUGAAGGAUCAUGCAACUGCACAAAGCUCGAAGGACCCUCCGGCCACUGCAGCUUCCAAGCUGUCGGGCGGUGCACGCAUCGCCACGAAAGGAGGUAGGAAGAAGGCCAAAGCAAAGGCUAGCCCCCCUUCGACCCCACCAAGCAGCAGCAAAGGUUGCCAAAGCGCCCCCAAGGAAAGCACUGAGAACAUCCCCGCCGAGAGCCCCAAGAAGAAACCCCGUGCCCAGAGUGCCAACAAAGGCUCCAAGAAGCCGGCCCCGCCUGCCGAAAGCCCCAAGAAGAAGAGCACGAGGACCCGUGAGGAGACCCCCGAGAAGAGCCCCAAGAAGAGCCAAAAGAUCGAGCAGGGUGAGAGCAAAGAGCCCAAGCAAAACCUCGAGGUUGCAGAGAAGAAGAAGAAGGCCCACAAGCUCUACAUGAGGUUCUGGCGAUCAGUGCAUGAAUGCCUUGGGCCUGGAUCGAGUAAAACGCACAUGUCUGCACUGUACGAGGACUUUGUCCAGUGUGGUGGCAAAUGGGUGAAUAGUGUGGUGAUGAAAACAAUCCGCCACAAACACAAAAACGGCAAGCGGGCUGCACGCAGAUGGAUGACGAAGAGCCAGCUUCUGUCACACUUUGGCGAUGAAUCCGUGGUGGAGGCUAUUGUGUUGCGAAAAGAGGCGGACAAGGAUCUGGCCCAGGAAGAGAUCAGAGAUCACCCUGACUUGCCAGGACUGAAACAAUACCUCGUCCUCGUCGAGGACGAGGAGGUGGACGAAAGCGAAGAUGAAAUCGAACAGCUGUUCAAAACGGAGCAGAAUCUCGAAAGCGAGUCGAGUGACGAGGAUACGAAGGACAGUGGCGAGGAGUCCAGCAGCAGCGGUGCUGCCAAGAAGAAGAAGAACAGGUCCAAGGACAAGAAGGCUAAGAAAGAUAAGAAGGAGAAGAAAGAUAAGAAAAGCAAGAGCAAGAAGAACAAGAGGAAGAGGGGAGGCAACGGAAAGAAUUUAAGGAGGGCCGAAACCCAAGAGGAUUUGGACAAGGAGCAAAGCCGGAAGGUGCAGCAGGAGGGAAAGAAGGUUAUCAGCACCCUCAACCGGAAGAUCAAGGAUGCGACCACGAAGAUCGACUCAAAAGAGGUUGUCCGGGACGCCUUGAAGAAGGAUCUCCAGGCAGUGGUGAAGAAGCUCACCUCGGCCCGUAGCCAGCUGCAGACGGCACUGGACUCGGCUCAGGACAGCAAGAUCACCGACAAGACGACGGCUGCCAAGGAUGUUCUGGACCACGCCGAGGGAUCGCUCACGGUUGGGAUUAAGAAGAAGACUGAGAAGAAGGGUGGGGACUAG